AUGGAUAGCGUCAUAAAUAGACUACGCAACACUGUUUCCAGUGCUCUACCCGGAAAUCAGGUCUCAAGGGAGUUUGAUCUUGAAGAGCAAGUUGGCUCAUCGGGACCGGGUCUUUUGUGGAAGCUUUACUCGGCAACUAAAAGAUCUUCAAAAGAGGCAGCAACGGUAUGGAUAUUCGAAAAGAAAGCGCUCGAACGUUUUUCAAAGCGCGAAAGGGAAAUGAUUUUAGAAAAAUUGAAACAGGGUGUUGCAGCCCUUACUCGCUUCCGACAUCCUCGGAUUCUUUCUGUUGUUCAUCCUCUGGAGGAGUCACGUGAAAGCCUCGGCUUUGCAACUGAAUCACUUUUCACUUCCCUGUCCAAUGCCCUUGGGAAAGUCACCAAUCUUAGCAGACCGGUCAUUGAAAAACUGAACAAUUUCAAGUUUACGGAAACGGAACUGAAAUAUGGUAUAAUUCAGAUCUGCGAGGCGCUAACGUUCAUCCACCGGGAGGGACACCGAUUUCAUUUGAAUGUAUCUCCGGAGUCAAUUGUAGUGAACCGUCUUGGCUCCUGGAAACUCUGCGGUUUCGAGUUUGCCUGCGAAGGAAAUGAUGGUGAGGGUGUCGACAUUCCCUCCUGGCAAUCCUCCGUCCCUUCACUUUGUCAACCCCAUCUCGACUUCUGUGCCCCUGAAGUCGUUAUUGAGGGCAGAGGAUAUGCAGCUAGUGAUAUGUUCUCUAUCGGAGUGUUAAUUCACGCUAUCUAUAACGACGGAGUGUCGCUUAUCAAUUGUCAUGAGAGUUAUGGCGCCUAUCGGGAGGCUGUUAAGAAGCUGAAACCCCUUUCUCCGCAUAUCCUUGCCAACAUUCCACCGAGUAUUCGAGAUUACGUGAAGAUGCUCCUUCAACCCGACAUUGAUAUUCGACCAGAUGCACAUGAAAUUUUGAAGUCGCCUUUCCUAGAUGACGCUAACGUGACAUGUUUGAGGAGCCUCGAUGACCUCUACCAGAUGGAUAAUCUGGCUCGAUCGAAGUUCUACAGAAAUCUACCCAACUCUAUCAAAAGUUUACCACCGCGAAUCAACCUGCAUAGGGUCUUUCCCCAACUGUCGCAGGAGUUCCCGAACAAGAGUAUGAUCCCGUUUGUACUCCCCUCCAUCCUCCAAAUAAUCGAUAUAGUCAGUCGUGAAGAGGUCGCCACCUACAUUAUGCCAAGAUUUAAACAUGUCCUUGCUGUACAUGAACCCAUUCAGGUGGUUCAGGUGUUGCUGCAAAACUUGGGUAUCCUAGUGGCUAAGCUCUCACUAAGUGACUUCAAAACCUACGCGCUACCUGUACUCAAUUCUGCCCUCGACUCAGAUGUCACUCCAACUCUUGAGUUGUGUCUACAAGGUCUUCCAGAGGUGGCUCAACUGAUGGACUUCAGUGUGUUGAAGAGCAACAUCGUUCCACGUCUAAAGAAAGUUUACUUUCGGGUGGACCUUGUUAACAUGCGUUUGGAGGUACUAGUGUGCAUGGCCAAAUUACUUGAAUAUUUGGACAGAUGGAGUGUUAUGGACGAUAUUCUCACCUUCUUAACGGAAAUACGCUCUCGAGAGUCAAAAAUUCUUGUUGCGGUACUAGCGAUCUACCAGAUAGCAUUCAGUCACAAGAAAUUGGGCAUCUCACGCGACUUUCUUGCCUCCAAAUCCAUUCCGCAUCUGCUGCAGUUGUCGAUGGAUUGCAAUCUCACACCACUUCAGCACGCAGCGUUUGCCGACCUAGUGAGAGAAAUGUUCACCGCUAUUGAAACGGAGCAGCGUGCCAAGCUGAUCGAAAUGCACAGUCUUGGCGAAGAUGCUGCAGCGUUUGUCUCACCAUCACUGAAGUUGGAUGGCACGGCCUCUGAAAUGGUCAGUUCCAUUAUGCUCUCUUUGACCGGCGUGAGUACUUCACCCACACGCAUGAUUCCCACUGCUGAGGGUGGAGCAAAGAAUCCGGCGACCGAGGAGCCCAAUGCGCCAGGCACGCUUGCACUCCAGCCCCAGCAGGCGCACCUAAGCCUGGGGGCGAAGAAACGCGCGGCCGACUUGGAACAGUUGGAGCGUCUGAAACAGCAGCCCAGCCUACUCACACCUAAGGCAGCUCCACCACCCCGCCCUGAGCCUACUUCCACCAAUCUCUCGGAUUUGUUGAUUAAUUCAAAUCUCUCCCUUGAUUGGAAUCGGACCGCCAACCAAUCUGCCUUCCCACCAAUGGUGCAAAACUCCACUGCUCCCUUUGGCGGUCUCGGUGGAAGUAUCAAAUCCCCACAACAGCCAGACUAUCCCUACCCAGACUCCACCAACACAUCAUUCAACGGCGGAAACAUGUUCUUCCGCCAAGGUAACAAUCAAUUGCAAUUACCCCCCACCUCCACAAUGUAUGGACGACCCAUGGCGCCCUCGGCCUUCAGCCAACCCGUACAAAGUACCCAGAGUAGCAAAACCCCCAUCCUUUCCAACUCCGAUAUAAUGGAUCUCCUAGGUUGA